AUGCCGCAACCAUUGAACUCCAAGGAUCAGUCCUUGUUUCGUCAAGUGGUUCGCCACUUUGAGAUGAAGCAGUACAAGAAAGGCAUCAAAACGGCAGAACAGGUUCUUCGCAAGAACCCUACCCAUGGUGACACCCAGGCAAUGAAGGCUCUCAACAUGAGCCAGAUCGGACAAUCGGAGGAGGCCUUUGCGCUCGCCAAGGAGGCUCUUCGAAACGACAUGAAGUCGCAUAUCACCUGGCACGUCUAUGGGUUGCUGUACCGCCAAGAAAAGAACUACGAGGAGGCCAUCAAGGCUUACCGAUUUGCUCUGCGCCUUGAGCCCGAAUCGCAACCCAUUCAACGUGAUCUCGCGCUGCUCCAGAUGCAGAUGCGGGACUACCAGGGAUACAUUCAGAGCCGCAGUGCCAUGCUGCAAGCUCGCCCCGGAUUUCGUCAGAACUGGACCGCUCUCGCGAUUGCCCACCACUUGGCCGGAGAUUUCGAGGAAGCCGAAAAGGUUUUGACGACUUACGAGGACACAUUGAAGGGCACAACACCACCUGUCGCCGAUAUGGAAAACUCAGAGGCUAUUCUGUACAAGAACUCGAUCAUCGCGGAGUCUGGAAACCUCGAGAGAGCUUUGGAGCAUCUUGAGGCCGUUGGGUACCGGUGUACCGAUGUGCUCGCAGUAAUGGAGAUGAAGGCGGAUUAUCUUUUGCGACUGGACCGCAAGGCCGAGGCCGAGGCGGCCUAUACAGCACUCCUGGAGCGCAACCCGGACAACUCGAUUUAUUAUAAUGGUUUGAUCCUGGCCAAGGCCAUCCCGGAAACCGAUCACAAGGCAUUGAAGGCCCUGUACGAUGAGUGGGUUCAGAAGAACCCCCGUUGUGACGCUGCUCGUCGCAUUCCCCUCGACUUCCUAGAAGGCGAGGAAUUCAAGCAGGCCGCGGACGCCUACCUGCAGCGCAUGCUGAAAAAGGGCGUUCCUUCAUUAUUCGUCAACAUCAAGCACCUCUAUACCAACCCAACCAAGCGUGAAGUUGUACAGGAACUAGUGGAAAGCUACGUCUCUCAGGCAAGCUCGGAGUCCAAUGGCUCCGCCGAGUCCAAGGGCGAGAACGAGUUCUUGUCAUGCACUUACUACUUCCUAGCUCAACACUAUAACUACCACCUCAGCCGCAACCUCGCCAAGGCUAUGGAGAAUGUUGACAAGGCCAUCGAACAGUCACCCAAGGCUGUGGAGUAUCAGAUGACCAAGGCGCGCAUCUGGAAGCACUACGGCAACUCGGCCAAAGCGGCAGAAGAGAUGGAGAAGGCUCGCCUGUUGGACGAGAAGGAUCGCCACAUCAACACCAAGGCUGCCAAGUAUGCGCUCCGCAACAAUGAAAAUGAAAAGGGACUGGAUCUCAUGAGCAAAUUCACUCGCAAUGAGACCGUCGGUGGCACAUUGGGCGAUCUCCACGAGAUGCAGUGCACCUGGUUCUUGACCGAGGAUGCCGAGGCAUUCCUCCGACAGAAGAAGCUUGGCCUUGCCCUGAAGCGCUUCCACUCCGUUUAUAACAUCUUCGAUACCUGGCAAGAAGAUCAGUUCGACUUCCACAGCUUCUCUCUCCGCAAGGGUAUGAUCAGGGCCUACGUGGACAUGGUCCGCUGGGAAGACCGCCUGCGUGAACACCCCUUCUACACCAGAAUCGCGCUUGGCGCUGUCAAGGCCCACUUGCUUCUCCACGAUCAGCCCGAUCUUGUCCACGGACCCAUGCCCAGUGGUGCCAAUGGACUCGAUUCUACUGAUGAGAAUGAGCGAAAGAAGGCCCUCAAGAAGGCCAAGAAAGAGCAGCAACGUUUGGAGAAGAUUGAAUCUGACAAGCGCGAGGCAAGAAAGGCCGCCGCUGCUAACGCCAAGAGCGUUGAUGGCGAAACAAAGAAGGAGGACCCUGACCCUCUGGGCAACACUUUGGUCCAGACCCAGGACCCCCUGAAGGACGUCAUGAAGUUCCUGACCCCACUGCUCGAAUUCGGCACUAAAAACAUUGAGGCCCAAUGUCUUGGUUUCGAGGUCUACCUCCGAAAGAACAAGCACCUCCUUGCCGUCAAAUGCCUCUCCGCUGCUCACGCUAUUGACCCCUCAAACCCCACUCUUCACCUUCAAUUGCUUCGCUUCCGCAAGGCCCUGGACAACCUUUCCGAGCCUCUCCCCGAGCAGGCUGCUGAGGCCGUCAACGCCGAGUUCGAGAAGCUGCUCCCCAAGUCUCAGAAGCUUGAGGAAUGGAACGAGUCCUACCUUUCCUCCAACAAAGGGAAUGUCGCUCACGUACAGGCCGCCCUCUCCGGACGCCACCUCUUGAAGCCAGAGUCCAAGUUGCAGUGCGAGAAGGAGCUCCUUGCCACCCUUGAUGCUCCUGAGAUCACUAUCGACGAGGCUGUUAUUGCCAUUGACUUGUUGAACAAGUGGGGCAGUGACAAGACCGCUUACGCUGAGAAGGCCAGCAAGAAGUGGCCCGAGUCUUCCGUCUUCCAGUUGAACUGA